AUGGCGGAUGUGUGGGUGUCGCGCAAGCGGUGGACUUGUAAGUAUUGCAAUGUCACCAUCAACGAUGAUCCGCCCUCGCGAAAGCAUCAUGAGAGUGGUGUGCGGCAUAAGCGCAACGUAGCGCGGGCGCUGGAUGACUUGCAUAAGCUGAAGGAUGCCAAGCGUCGCGAGGAAACACAGAUGCAGAUGACACUCCAGCACAUGGACAGGGGCGCACUGAGGCGUGGCGAGGAAGGUGCGUCGUUGCGCAUGGAUAGGGCUCCCGCACCGUCGCCUCAGCCCUGGAAACCGUCCGAGGCAGCUUACACGACGGCAAGCUCACUAGGUUUCUCGCCUGAGCAGGAUGAAGAAGAAUGGCAUCGGCGUUGUCAGAGGCGGAGCUUGUCGGCAGAUGUAGGCGAAUGGCACACUCUUUCUCCGGCACCUCCGACACCUUCUCGCGCCGCCUCAGGAGACCACUGCACCCCCGAGGAACAGGUUCGUGGGAGCGAGGCGCCCAUGUCUGACCGUCAACGCGCGCUUACGUUUACGCUCCAAGAGCGUGGUGUCGGUGACGAAGAGGACGAAGACGUGCCCAUUGUCCUAAAGCGCCCGCAUCCGAACGAUGCUACGGCAAAGAGUGGCGCUUCUACGUCUCAAGAUACCCCAUCCACACAGGAGGAUGCCACGCUGUUCAAGAGGCGCAAACCUCGACGCGGCACCUCCGCACAUUCGGUGGAUCCAAAAUAG